AUGAAUUUAUCAAAACCUUUCCUAGAUGAAGAUGCCAUUACCAUAGUCCCACAAUCGAGGUCUACCAAUGGGGAUGAGCCUCAAGAUGAAUCUUGCAGAGCCACCAUGGAGGAACUUGGGCUUCGGCUAGAGGAAGAUGGAUAUGUAAAAUGGAGGUCCGAUGCACCAGCACAUCCUCGCAAUUGGGGCGCCAAAAGGAAGAUGUUUGAUACUAUGCUUAUUCUCAUCCUCGACUUAUUUACAACCGCGGUUAGUACUGCAGGACCUACAAUAGCAGAACGUGCCAAGGUUGAAUAUGGGUUGAGCAGGACAACAUCUCUGGUAGUCUUUGCUAGCAUGUAUCAAUUUGGACAAGCUGUCGGCGGUGUGUUCUUUCCUCCCUAUUCCGAGGCAUUCGGCCGCAAAUCGGUAUAUAUCGUGUCGACAGUGUUCUAUUGCGUGUCCUGCAUCAUGGUAGGAACCCCAAAGUUCAUCGCUACGGCUGUGAUCGGCAGAUUUAUAUCUGGGAUCAUGUCGGCGGUUCCUUCAGUGAUUGUUUCUGGAAGCCUUGAGGAUAUGUUUGAUAUAAAAGAGCGAGUCUGGUUAAUGUUUGCCUGGUCGUGUGCUACAACAGGAGGACUCCUCCUCGGCCCUGUGUUUGGAUCCUAUGUUGCAAAAACUCUAGGCUGGAGAUGGGUAUUUCACAUCGCCGCGAUAACCACCUUCGUUUUGGCAAUCCUCCUUCUCUUUAUAAAAGAGUCUCGCCCAAGCAAAUUGCUCGCAAAGCGCCUCUCGAUGCUGCACAGGAAAACAGGAAAGCUCAGGUUUCGAAUCGAGAAUCCCGAUCAUGUUCCCGACUUUAAAACCUUCACGAAAACAAGCCUACGACGACCAAUCCGGCUUUUCUUCACAGAACCAAUCGUAUUCGUUGUUUCAGUCAUGAGCUCCGCAGGCUGGGCUCUGAUAUACCUUUUCACGGAAGCCAUUCCCGUCAUCUAUACUGGCUUUGGUCUGACCCGAGAACAGUCAUCCCUCAUGUUUCUCGCCAUAGGGGUCGGUAUCUGUUUCGGAGUCUUGCCAAGAAUACACGAUCACACACUCCUCCGGGAUCAUGAUGCCGCGAAUAAAUCUCUACAUCCAGAAGAUAAGCUCCUCGGGUUCGCAUUCGCUGCCCCAAGUUUGGCGGCUGGACUGUGGUGGCUGGUCCUCACCGUUCCACCCGCAUCGACGUUACCUUGGUAUGCUACUAUCCCAGGACUGAUGGCGGUUGGCUUCGCAACAAAUGAGUACGCUUGCACGUUGUCUGGAUAUCUUGCCGAUACAUAUACUAUAUAUGCAGCAUCAGCCUUCGCCGCUCUAUCAUUCCUUAGGGCUGUACUCGCGGGACUUUUCCCGCUCGUGGGAGAGCCAAUGUACGCCGCGCUAGGCGUGAACUGGGCCACAGUGGUCCUAGCCGCCGUCGCAACUAUCUUCUGUAUAGUCCCGCCUCUAUUCUCGAAAUAUGGAAGACAGAUAAGGCAGCGGAGCAAGUUUGCAAGGUAUAGCUUAGAAAUCAACAGAAAGAUGCAGAUCAAGGAUGAAAAUAUUGAAUAG